AUGACCCCCGACCUUUCCCUCCCCUCCCACAACCCCAAACUCAACACCUAUGGCAACACAAACUGGGACAACGCCUCCUUCGUCCUCUACACCCUAAUCGACCUCCCACACAUCGAACUCAUCCGCAAAGCCUCGACCUUUGGAGAACGCUGGAUGCAAGCCUCAGAAUACUCAGACCCCCAUCUAAUCCGCACCUCCCCAAACCCACAACUUCACCAACAAAACCCUCAAAGACAUUCUCUCCGCCCAGAUCACCAUGGACAAGGAAAUGACUCCCCGCUCAGAUCCCAGCGCAGACGGGGAUCUGGGCUGGAUGCGUAUAUUAUGCUUUCGAGUUUGGUGUUUGGGGAUGAGUAUCUUGAGGAGAUUGGGGAGGAUGGGUUGGCUGUGUUGGAGAGGGAGGGUGUUGAUUAUUUCAGUGCCUGA